UGAGGAGUGGCCGUUAUUGGCUGGAUAAGAAGCAGGGAGAGGGGAGCACCCCGGGCCCUGGGAACUUUAUGCUACAGGUUGGCCUGGACGAGGUGAAUAAUCAAACAGGGACUCAAGAGGAUUUAAAGACAUUCUCUUUACCACGUUUCUUCUUUUUUCCUGAUUGGAACUCCCUGAUCCGACCGCCAACAUGAUGUCCUAUCUGAAACAACCGCCGUACACGGUGAACGGACUGAGCUUAUCUGCAUCAGGAGUGGACCUGCUGCAUCCUUCAGUGGGAUACCAAGGCCCCCCUCGCAAACAGAGGCGAGAGAGGACGACUUUCACGCGGGGUCAGCUCGACAUAUUGGAGAACCUGUUCGGCAAAACCCGGUACCCUGACAUAUUCAUGAGAGAAGAGGUGGCCUUGAAGAUCAACCUACCCGAAUCCCGCGUGCAAGUUUGGUUCAAAAACCGACGAGCUAAACACCGGCAGCAGGCCCAGCAAAGCCAAAGCGGAGCGCAGAACAAAGUGGUCAGUAAACCGGUGAAGAAAAAGUGCUCUCCGGUCCGGGAGGGCAGCUCAGAGAGCGGAGCCAGCGGUCAGUUCACGCCGCCCUCCAGCACCUCUCUUCCGACAGUGAGCAGCAGCAGUGCGGUGCCGGUGUCCAUCUGGAGCCCGGCCUCCAUUUCCCCUCUGUCGGACCCUCUGUCCACCUCCUCCUCCUCGUGCAUGCAGCGCUCCUACCCCAUGACCUACACGCAGGCGUCCGGCUACAACCAGGGCUACACGGGCUCCUCUUCCUACUUCACCGGGAUGGACUGCGGCUCCUACCUCUCGCCUAUGCACCACCAGCUCUCCGCCGCGGGCUCAGCAAUGAGCCCCAUGGGCGGCAGCGGUGUGUCAAGCCACCUAAGCCCGGCAUCCUCGCUCUCCUCGUCUGCGUACGGAGCGGCAGGUCUGGGCUUCACUGGAGCUGCGGACUGCCUGGACUAUAAGGACCAAACAUCAUCGUGGAAGCUCAAUUUCAACGCGGACUGUUUGGAUUACAAAGACCAGUCAGCGUGGAAGUUCCAAGUGUUGUGAGAGGAGAGAAAUUAAGGAACAAUUUCCACAGAAACAGACUUUUACAGGCGAAUUCAAACCCCAAAGUUGGGUGUUAAUAACUACAGGCCCCAACUUCUACCUCCAGGACAGCAGGUCUCACUUGUUGGGUUAAUUUAUUGAACAUUCAGACUGAUUUCUCCCUAACUUUGAUCAAGGACACGGAACAAAUGUGCUGACCAAAAGGAAAAAAGGAUCAAAAGAGUCUAAGUUGGGUUGAGUUUGAGGAGUAGGUCAGGUUUUCUUCUCUAAGCUCCUUAAAGACUCCCCUCUCUCUCUCUCUUGUCUUUUUUUAUUUUGUUGGCACGCUGAAGGGCCCCUUUGAUCAAAGCAGUAGCGUGCGUGUGUGUGCGUGCGUGCGUGCAAGUGUGUGUGUGUAAGGGCAGCUCAGAUAUGAACCAGGAUGCACUAUUAAUUUAUGAGAAAUGUGUUUAGUAAUAAGAGACAAUCAGUCCGUUUAUGUGUGCUCAAAAUGUCCUUUAAGUGUUUUCGAUUUUUUUUUUUUCCUUACAUGUGUUAGAUUUCUUUUUAAAUUGUAAUUCUUUGUAUGCAAGUUUGCCACAAACCCAGCUGUGAAUUUGGUAUGUUUAUUUCCAUGUCUCGAGUGUUCAAUGAUAAAUCAUUAAACGGACAUAUUAGUUGAUUGAAAUAGGGAGUACAGGGUGACUUAAGUCAGCAGCAGCAGAUGAGGUUCAUUUGAGCUGUGAGAAAGACAAACACACUAAAUGACAAUA